AAGUCAGUUCCAUGCUGUGUAACAGUGAAAUAUCGCACUUCUUGGAAUGAUAUUCGGAACCCGGAAGUAGAUGCUAUUUACUGUACUGUUCUGUAGUUCUCAUCUGAGAAUUCGGUUUAGAAAAAAAUAACAGACUCUUUGGUUAUUUUCUGGAGUUACAGGGAACCGUUUUAGUAAAAUUGAAAGAGUUUUAGGAAGAAAAACGUUUUGGUGUUGCAGUUCUCAGCAAGGAUACAGUCAACAAAAGAGUGGACAUGGCACAUAUCGGGGGAUUAGUGGCUGCAGCUGUUGCAGCAGUAGCUAUCCUACUUCAUGCAUCCAUUCACAAAAUCGACGAAGGACAUCUCGGAGUUUAUUACAGGGGUGGUGCUCUGUUGCAUAGCCCAAGCCAACCUGGAUAUCAUGUCAUGCUACCAUUUAUCACCAGUUUUAGAUCUGUGCAGACAACACUACAAACAGAUGAGGUAAAAAAUGUGCCCUGUGGAACAAGUGGCGGAGUUAUGAUUUAUUUUGAUAGAAUUGAAGUGGUAAAUAUGCUGGCACCUACUGCAGUGAUCGACAUUGUGAAGAACUAUACUGCUGAUUAUGAUAAAACACUUAUAUUCAACAAAAUUCAUCAUGAACUUAACCAGUUCUGCAGUGUCCACACCCUUCAGGAGGUUUACAUUGAGUUGUUUGAUAUAAUAGAUGAAAAUCUUAAACAGGCUUUGCAGAAAGAUCUGAAUGUCAUGGCCCCUGGACUUACAAUUCAGGCAGUACGUGUCACCAAACCUAAAAUACCAGAAGCCAUAAGACGGAAUUUUGAACUGAUGGAAGCAGAAAAAACAAAACUACUAAUUUCUGCACAGAGGCAAAAGGUGGUUGAAAAGGAAGCUGAAACUGAAAGGAAGAAGGCUAUUAUAGAGGCAGAGAAAAUUGCACAAGUGGCUGAAAUUCAUUAUCAACAGAAGGUUAUGGAAAAGGAAACUGAGAAAAAGAUUUCUGAAAUAGAAGAUGCUGCAUUUUUGGCAAGAGAGAAGGCUAAAGCCGAUGCAGAGUACUACACAUCUCAGAAGGCUGCAGAAUCGAACCGGCUGAAACUCACACCUCAGUAUCUGGAACUGAAGAAGUAUCAGGCAAUUGCUACAAACAGCAAGAUAUAUUUUGGCAACAACAUACCAAACAUGUUUGUGGAUUCCGGUGCCUUUAAACAGAGUAAUGAAUUCAGAACUGCGGAAGAUCCAGGUUUGAACCAGGAGACUGGAACUAAUAUUCGGGAAAAGGAUACAGGAAGAACAGCAAAGACGUCCUCAGAUGCCAAGAAAGCAAAAUGAUGUAUGUGAAUGUCUGCGCAUUAAAUGACCAGCAUGCCCCUGAUGAAUGAUGAAAGGAAUUUUGUCAAGGAUUUAUGCACUACAGGAUUAGCUGAUCCAAUGCUGAAACAGAUUGAGAGCUGCUGCUUAAAUGUAGCAGGUCAUGGCGAAGUUAAUUAUAUUUCACAGCUAUUUUACUUAAACUACAGAUUGUACUUUAAUGGCUUGCAAAGCACUGAUCUUACCAGAUGUUGAAGCACUAAAGUUUGUAUGCGUGUGGAAGCAUUAUUAGUGCAAGUUUACCAGGUAUCACGGCACUGAGAAGAAUCCAUUACUUUUAAUAUUUAUAUCUGAUGUCACCUUUUUCUAGCUUCUGUUGUUGAAUGACCUCUGCUUCAGUUUAAUACAAGCACCAAAUAAACCCACUGAAGUGGCUUGGUAUCACUUGUUAAAACGAAAAAAAAAAAAAAAAAAGAGCCACAUGAAUUUUACUGCAACAUUUACAGUUAUUGGUUAUGACUGUGACAUGAUGCUUUUAGAUUUGGGUUGUAAAAAGGUGUGCAGUUCUACAUUAAUUGUUUUUCAUCAUUGCUUCAGUGAUUCACUACUUUUCAACAAAAAGUUCCAACAUACUGGCUUAAAUGUCAAGACUAGACUGUUCAGUUUAGGGAAGAAAAAUUAUACCUUUACUCAUGUUUUUUUAUUCAACGCUUUAUAACACCAUGUAGUACUUGGUUAGUCUAGUCGUGGCAUUUUGUGUUGGUUGUCCUUCCCUUCACAUAGUGUACAUAAUUAUUUUAUGACACAUUUAAUAUCACUUCUUAUGGCUGUUUUAAUUGUUGUAAUAUUUAUCUUUCCGUGGAUAUCAGUGGAUUUUUCCUUUGUGUGAUGGUGGUGAUGGCCCCUUUAUUUUUUAUAACAAAAGGUUUUGUGGGUCAGGAAAUAUGGUGCUUGUAAUGGCUUAAGUGCCUUAUGUAUAGUGUACUGUAAAGUUUUUUUCAUGCUUGGGAGAGGCUCAUGUGCUUAUAAGCAUUUUAUCUUUUUCCUAUUUCUUCUUCUUUCGAGCACAGUCAGUUUGAGACGGCCUGCUUAAUAAGAUCAGAAUUACUGGUUUGUCUGGUAAAUCACCUUUAAGAAGUAACAGUCAAAUCUUGUGAUUGGUUGUGCUUGCUGUCCUUAGAAUGUAUAUUGUAUAUGGGGUGCAAUAACAAUGUUUAUUUUUUUGAGAUGCCUUGAAGAGCAAAAUCAGUGACUGCUGAUACUGAACUGUGGAGAAAUGUUCCUAGCUGUUACAAGGUAAUAACCCCUAGAGUAGACAAAAUAAUAGAAACUGCCAUGCCACUGCCAUAUGUUACUGCGACAAUAAUCACACUUGUGGGUAAGGCAAAUUUUAACAACUGAUCACAGCAUUUUGGCACAAUUGUAACAUAGUAUGUCCAGAAGUUGCCAACUGACAAUAUAAUAAAAAAAUGUGCAAAUGCUGCAGGAGGGAGAUAUACCACUUAAUCACCCCCUCUCCUUCUUUCACUGUCACAAAAAAUGACUGCACUUCUGACAAGUACAUUUUCAACACUCAAAAGUUUCUAACAGAGUGAAUUCAAAUGUCAUCAGUCGUUGUUACAAGUCAGGAUUUUCUAGCCUUUCUCACUAGAGAUGUAUUAUAUAAAACUGUUAUUUUACUGCCAUGUAAGUAGUGAAGAGUAUUGUUUACUUAUAUAUCCUUCUUGUCUUGGAAUAUGGAACCUAAUAUGCAUUUUUACCUUGAGUGAAUUACUUCAGUUCCUAGCAUUUUACAAAAUCUCAUGCAUUUAUAGAUGUAAGGUCUUGUAAGAUGUUUGUUUGUCUUUCGACUUUUCCCGGUUAGAGGUCGCCACAGCAGAACUCCGGUCUGCUAAUCAUUGGCAGUUGGUUUUUAUGGUGUC